CGCAAGUGAAGUUCAAGUCACUAUGAAUGUGUUUGCUUUGUGUGAACACGUAUGAUACCGCUGCUCAGGAGAUUUAGCUGAAAUGUUCUGGAAGUAUAGGAAGGUUAAUGCAAAGCCAUGAGCAUGUUUUAGAAUGCAUUUUCCACUGAGCAAAGGGUUUUUGAUUUUUGUUUUUUUAGCAUUGGAACGACUUUCUUUCGUUUGACAUAUUUUAGCUAUUAACGACUGCAGAUGGAAAUGGAUGCAACAAUAAAGGGGAUAAGUAAUUCCUUACUGGACAGCACGACAGUUACGAAUAAAUAAUGAGAUUUUUUUCCUGCAAUUUUAGCAAGUGCUGAAGUUUCGCCUCGCUUUGAAAUACCAGAUCAUAAUAUAAAGGGCAAAGGGAAAUUGUGUGACAAAAGUUAACAAGGCUAAUCCUAUGUGGAUCGACGCUGAUUCUAGACACUCUACCAAAGUUGCUUCAAGCCUGCUGUCUCAUCACGACUAUUGCUCAUUACAGACGAGUGCUCCCAGUGCUUUCUGUACCUUUGUCAUGCACUGUAUCUUAUCUAUGAGCUGUCCAGAUACAUUGGAAGAUAAACAUGUAACCCGAGACUGACUCAUUCAGCUAGGCGAAAUCAGGUGUUUCAGAUACGUAAAAUUCACAAAAAUCAGCUGCUCUCUUCCAGUCAAGGAAAUCAAAGAGCUGUACGAUUACAGCUUGGCGUGCCUAAAGCUAUAGCAUGGAGAAUAGCACGGGUAUUAGCAACUUUCUAAUUAACUUCACAGUUAACCACACACUGCAGAAAAUGCCAUUAAAUCCACUGGAGCUGCAAGUAGUUACAAUUGUUCUUAUCCUAUUAAUCUGUGGGGUGGGGAUAGCUGGCAACAUUAUGGUAGUUUUAGUUGUCUUGAGGACUAAACAUAUGAUGACUCCAACUAAUAGCUACCUUGUAAGCCUAGCCAUAGCCGACUUAAUUGUCUUGCUUGCUGCAGGGCUUCCCAAUAUCUCCUAUGUGGUUGCAAAUUGGGUCUAUGGCUAUGUUGGUUGUCUUUGUAUUACGUACCUACAGUAUGUGGGCAUCAACGUGUCUGCUUGCUCCAUCACAGCCUUCACUGUCGAACGAUAUAUCGCCAUCUGCCACUCCAUAAAAGCUCAGUUUAUUUGCACCGUUUCCAGAGCCAAGAAGAUCAUCGCCUUUGUAUGGAUCUUCACCUCCUUGUACUGUAUAAUAUGGUUCUUUCUAGUGGACAUUAAAAAGAAGACCUACGCUGAUGGUGUCGCUGUAAAAUGUGAAUACAAAGUUCAUAGGAACCUCUACCUGCCUAUCUACUUUAUAGACUUCACACUAUUCUAUGUAAUUCCCCUUAUUUUGGCAAUUGUCCUCUAUGGACUAAUAGCCAGGAUAUUGUUCAUGAACCCGUUAGCAAAAGCCAACCCGCAGGACAGCUGCAAAGACGGGAACGAUUCCAUCCAUCAAGGACGUACAGCAAAUUCUGUGAAACUUUCUUGUAGAGGAAACAAGGGCGCGAUGUCUUCAAGAAAGCAGGUAACAAAAAUGCUGGCAGUUGUUGUAAUUCUCUUUGCACUCCUCUGGAUGCCGUAUCGUACCUUGGUUGUUGUGAAUUCUUUCAUGGACCCUCCAAGUCAGAAUGAUUGGGUUGUGCUAUUCUGCAGGAUCUGCAUAUAUCUCAAUAGUGCCAUCAACCCUAUCAUUUACAAUCUAAUGUCGCAAAAGUUUCGUGCUGCCUUCAAGAAGCUGUGUGACUAUGACGAUAAGCUGGGAGAAAAUUCGGUGAAGUAUACAAUGCCAGUUUAUUACAGUGUCAUAAAAGACACUUCACCCUGCAGUCCAGCGUGUGAUGUUACGGUUAAAGAUGGCACUAAUGGAUUUUCCGUUUCAAGCAAAAGAGUAAAUUUUUCAGGCAAAAAUAACAGUGCAAAUAGAGCAUACAGUAUUGCCUGAAGCGUAAGAUGUUAUUACUGUACGGGAUGUAUAUACUCACAUGUAUCUUCUGCUCCAUGCAGGCUAAUAUUUUUAUUACGUUUUAAAAUGUACGUGGUAGUUCACCAUU